AUGUUUCUCCUUUUGUUCCUACUAAUCUCAUUUGGCAGUCCUUAUAGAUUACGGGGUGAGUUAUACGACUACGACGACUUCUUCAACUUUUAUAAUGAGUUCAAGAAUAUCAGUGAGCCGUCGUUGUUUAACAGUAAAAAAGAACGAGCCUGGUGGCACUAUGAUGAAACGUUGGUGUCAGUUAAUGAUCAUAGAAAUACGACUCGUAUAGAAUUUGUAAAAGAAAUGGCUAGAGUGCUUAAAGCGCAAUCAUCUGAUCUUCAAGUAUGGCAAAGAGCGCAUUCUGAAUUCUUCGCUUCGAUUGACUCCAAGGAGAAAUUCUUCACUGAAGUGCCAAACAUUUUCGGAGGGUAUUAUUCAAUCUACAAAAUCAUUCACGGUGGUGGUUGCACCGAAACAGGAAUUCCGGAUCCGAGUCACAUUACGACCAAUCAUUCGGUGACUAUUUUAUCAACACCGGGAAGCGGGCCGGAAUUCGCCAAAGAACUUGUCAAGAACAUUCCGUUUCCAUUAGCGAGCCAACAAUUUCAAUUCUACGACAACAACUUUGUUAAACAAGGAAUUUUCCGUGGGACCGUGUGUGACGUGGAAGGAGCAUUUAUUGACCAUAAUCAGUUGAGAGAGUACAUGUCUCGUUUCUGGAUCAGAUGGAGGCGGAAUAAUGAGAACGGAACAUUCCAAGAGCUUGUGAAUACACCGAUAUGGACCGAUAUGGGUCUAUUAGAAACCACCCCUACUUUUUAA